UCCUCCGUCUUCUCCGGCGGCUCAAUAUCUUCUCCUCUGGUUUGAGAACUCCGAAUCGCCGGUAAUUUCUUCUCCGAAAGCUUGUUUCUUCGCUCGCCGUAAUUUUAUAACAAAGCCACAAAGAAAGAAAGCACCACGAGUGGAUAAGUUAUAGCUGCAAUGUCGGAAUCAGGAAAGAAACUGCUUUUCAUACCCGAGGAAUGGUCGGAUGCAGCAGCUUCUGUUUCCUGUAGUUCCAUUACGUCGUCGCAACCGGCUACUGCUUUGGUCUGUGGCCCUAAAAACAGUGGCAAGAGCACAUUUUCUCGCAAUCUUGUUGAGGUUCUUCUCCAAAGAUACAAAAAGGUUGCUUAUUUGGACACGGAUGUUGGCCAGCCUGAAUUCACAGCACCUGGUUUCCUUUCUCUCACUGUUGUCGAUAAAUCGAUUCUAGACUCGGAUUGGACGGUUCCAUGUGUAAAGACACCGGAGAGAUGUUUCUUCUAUGGCGAUGUUUCUUCAAAGAGGGAUCCAAAGGCAUAUUUAAAAUAUGUAUAUACCUUAUUCGAUUACUACCAGCUAAACUUCUGCAAGUCUAGCGAGAACAAAACUGAGUUACCUCUUGUCAUUAACACGCCAGGAUGGGUUAAAGGUAUUGGCUAUGAUUUAUUGGUGGAAGUACUGAGAUAUGUAUCUCCCUCUCACGUUGUGAAAAUCAACAUCUCUGCUCACAGCAAGAACCUACCAGCUGGCUCGUUCUGGUUAGACUGUAACGAUGAUGAGACGGCUCAUUUGAUAGAGAUUCAAUCUGCUUACCAAGACAGUUUCAAUCGAUCUGUAUUAAUUCAAAAGGAUUCUCGCCAUUUGAGGGAUCUGCGAAUAAUCGCCUACUUCAGGCAAUGCAUUAAAGGGAAAGAAGUAAACACGAUCAAAGAGCUAAGCCAUGAACUCGCUUCCCAUAUUCCUUAUGAAGUUCCAAUAUCGAGUGUAACUAUCAAUCAUCUCCAUUGUCAGAUCCCAAGUUCUGAAGUGUUUUAUAGUUUGAAUGGUUCUAUUGUUGGCUUGGCCGUUAGCACCGAUGUGUUUGAAGAUUUGCCUUCAUGUGUAGGUCUUGGAAUCGUGAGGGGUAUAGACACUGAAAGAGGAAUCUUGUAUGUGAUCACUCCGGUUGCAGAAAAUGUAGUUGAGAAAGUUGAUCUUUUAUUGCAAGGCUGUAUUCAGUUACCUACUUGUGUUUUGGAGGUGAAGGAUUACAGGUCUCCAUAUUUAUCUCCUUAUGUCUUAGCUUCCACCUAAAUUUCUUAUUUUUAGACAUUUUUGCUCCUUUUUUUUCUUCUGAUUACUAUAUGUAUCACAAUUUAUCUACCAAGUUUGAGUUUGUUAUAAUGAAUUGUACGAUCAAGAUGUUGAUCAAAGGUUUAUGUUUUUUCGAUUAAUAGUUUUCUA